AACAUUGAGGGGAAGAUGGGACUUUUUCUAGUGUGACACAUAAGAGUGCAGAUUUUUUAUUUUUAUUUAUUUAUGUUCGAGGUUUUUGUAUUUGCUAUGUUAAACAUUUUAAACGGUUUUUCGUAGGACGGGUUAGCACGCGGCUAACUUUCCGUUUGAAAAUGAUUUAUCAGUUUCCCUGGAUCCAUACACCGGUGCGGACCGCCUUGGCAAUCUGGAACCAGCUAACUAAAACUGAUAUCCUAGAGCUGACUAAGGGCUCUGUGAUGAUGAGGGAGCGCAGCAGAGUGGAGGACACCAUUCACUCCAUGCAGAAAGCAGGAGCCAGAAGCCUGCAGGUUAUCUCAGACUUUGAUAUGACGCUCACCAGAUUUGCUUACCAAGGAAAGAGGGUCCCCACCACGCACAACAUCCUUAAUAACAGGUUGUUGAUAAAUGAAGACUCCACAAAAAAGAUGAAGGAGCUGUUAAAUAGAUAUUAUCCCAUAGAAAUUGAUGCAAACCUCAGUCCUGAGGAGAAGCUGCCUUAUAUGGUGGAAUGGUGGACUAAAGUCCAUGAACUGCUGAUUCAGCAGAGGAUUAGGAAAGACAUGCUGGCCCACGCUGUCAGGGAAUCCAGUGCCAUGCUCAGGGAAGGCUACCGGGUGUUUUUCGACUGUCUGGCUGAGCAACGGGUGCCUCUGUUGAUCUUCUCUGCGGGAGUCGGCGACGUCCUGGAGGAGGUGAUCCGACAGAAUGACGUCUUUCAUCCAAACGUCCACAUCAUCUCCAACUACAUGGACUUUGACCAUGCUGGGAUCCUCCAAGCCUUCAAAGGCCAACUGAUCCACUCCUACAACAAAAGGGAAGGAGCUUUGUCCCACGCCACCGCGCUCAGAGAGCUGCACGGUCGACCCAACGUGCUGCUGCUGGGAGACUCUCUGGGAGACCUGAGCAUGGCUGACGGCGUCUCUGAGGCGCAGAACAUCCUGACGGUGGGCUUCCUCAAUGAUCAGGUGGAGGACAGAAAGGAGUCAUACAUGAACUCGUUUGACAUCGUGCUUGUGAAGGACGAGACGAUGGACGUCCCCAAUGCCAUCCUGAGAUACAUCAUCUCAGAAACUAGAAAGGUGCACAGGAAAAAGGUGGACACUACUUGAAAGUAUAAAUAUAUUGCCCAUGUUUUAUUUACAUUGUGACCUCAAUCCAGACCUCAGGAGUCACCUCAUUUUAUUUUGCCCUCUGUUUUCAUUUUGCGUAAGCACCACAGGUGUUCUACUUUAAAUGUAAACAAAUGAAGAAGGUGUGUUAUCUUGUGUGAGAUCCUGUUGUUUUCACAUCAAUGUGCUCCUUUUGGAUUAGUUUCUUUCAUGUCUGAACCGGGAUGCUAAUAUGUUGUAAAUCUCUCAAACUUUGAACCCAGAAUUAUAUUAACCUUUUUUUUUUCUUUGCCUAUUCUUGGUAAAUGUAGGUACUUGAUGUGU